AAAAUAAUGGCUGAAAUAGCUACUGCUGCUGGUUCCAAAGCUGCAGAACAAGUAACAGAAACUAUGUAUGAUUUCAUUUGUCAGAAGAUUUCCUAUGUGUUCAAGUACCAGAAGUAUAUGGAGAAGGCAAAGGAACAAGUUGAGAAGGUCAAAAUUCGAAAACAAGAUGUGGAAGCAGAUGUUGAUGUUGCUGAAAGACAAGGGGAAGAGAUUUACAAUGAAGUCAAAGACUGGCUGAGGGGCGUGGAAGGUUUCAUGGAACGUGAAGUAAAGCUCGUUGAUGAUGAAGAUAUAGCAAAGAGGCGUUGUUUCAAAGGGCUGUGUCCUGAUUUGAUGAAACGAUACAGGCUCAGCAAGGAUGCAGAGCAGGUGGCAGAGGAUGGAGCCAAGCUCUUUGAAAAAGGAAAAUUCAGUGGAGUUUCCCACCACGUUAUUCUACAGAGGACGGAAUCCAUAUUUGUCGGUGAGGGGUACGAGCACUUUCACUCCAGAGAGUCCAAUUUCAACGAUAUCAUGGAGGCAUUGAAGGAUUCUACUGUUAACAUGAUUGGAGUGUACGGGAUGGGUGGUGUGGGCAAAACCACACUGGUCAGAACAGUUGCUUGGAAAGCAAAGGAAGAUAAUUUAUUUGAUGUGGUGGUCUUUGCUGAGGUAAAACAAAAUCCGAAUCUUAAACAAAUUCAAGCUGACAUUGCUGGUCAAUUGGGCAUGGUACUUAGAGACCAGGAGAGUCUAUCUGGAAGAGCUGAUCAAUUACGUUAUAGGUUGAAGAAAGCCAAGAGAAUCAUUGUAAUUGUAGAUAAUAUCUGGAAGAAGCUUGACUUGAAGGUUGUUGGGAUUCCUUUUGGCUAUGAUGAUAAAGGUAGCAUCCAGCAAGACAAGAAAGAAAGCAACAAUGAGCAAGAGCGAUGCACAAUAUUGUUAACAGCUAGAACACAAGUUGUAUUAAAACAAAUGAAUACUCAUAGGAAUGUAUUUGUUGAGCCUUUGGGUGAUGAUGAUGCAAGAAAUUGGUUUGGGAACAUUGCUGGUGAUUUAACAGAUAAAAGUGAUAUAGCAGCUGAAAUAAUUGAAAAAUGUGCAGGUUUACCACUUGCAAUUACAAUAAUUGCAAAGGCUUUGAAAGGUAAGAGUGAUUCUGUCUGGAGGGAUGCGUUACGUCAGUUAGAAAAUUCUAAUACAAGAUGUGUUCCAGAAAUGGAUAACACUUUAUACUCAACUAUUGAAUUGAGUUAUGAAUUGUUGAACAGUGAAGAAGCAAAAUCAUUGCUUCUACUUUGUGCUCUGCUUGUUGUGGCGGGUCAUGAUGUACCCAUGAUGUACUUGCUGGGAUAUGGUAUGGGGUUGGGCUUGUUUCAAGAUGUUCAUACGAUUAACGACGGGAGGAAUAGAGUCAAGUCGCUGAUUGAUUAUCUCGCAGAUUCGUGUUUGUUGUUGAAAGGCAACAAUAACGAGAAGGUCAAAAUGCAUGACGUCAUUCAUCUUGUUGUUGCAUCAAUUGCCAAAGAGAAACGUUGGCUUAGUAUUCCAAAUGCUAAUGGGUUUAAAGAAGUGUUGGCGAAGGGAAAGUACAAAGAUUCGGUUGCAAUUAUUCUGCCUGGGAUAGACAUUGAUGGGCUUCCUGAAAGGGUAAACUUUCCAAACCUUGAGUUAUUUACUUCGUAUCUUAAAGAAGAUCAUUUUCUACAAAUCCCAAACCACUUUUUUGAAGGCAUGAAGGAACUCAAAGUUCUAGAUUUGGAUGAAGCUCAUUUAUUACCACUACCCUCAUCCUUUCUUUGCCUAACAAACCUUCAAAUGUUGCGUCUGGGGAAUUGCACUUUAGGAGAUAUAACAAUGAUAGGAGAGCUAAGGAAUUUAGAGAUUCUUGCUUUUCUAAAUUGUGAAUUCGAACAAUUGCCUGAAAGUUUUAGACAAUUGACGCAGCUAAAGUUAUUACAACUGACCGAUUGUCCAAAGCUUAAAGUAAUCACACCAAAUGUCAUAGCCAACUUGUCUCGAUUAGAAGAGCUACGUAUAUAUAAUAGCUUUGAGCGAUGGGAGGUUGAAGGACGGAAUAACGCUAGUCUUGCUGAGUUGAAGAGAUUGUCUCAAUUGAACACUUUAUGCAUACAUAUCCCGAAUUUGCAGCUUAUACAGCGGGACUUUAUCCCUGAGAAUUUAGAAAAGUAUACAGUACAUAUUGGAGAUGCAUGGGAGUGGGCUUAUGAAUAUGAACCCUCGAGAACAUUGAGACUCAAGGUCAAUGGAAGUCUUCAUUUGACAUAUGGGGUUGAAAUUUUGGUGGAGAAAGCUAAAUAUCUAUAUCUAGAUCAACUAGAUGGUGUUAAGGAUAUACUUUGGGAACUUGACAGAGAAGGUUUCCCACAAUUAAAGCAUCUCUCUGUACAAAGUAGUUCUGAAGUUUUGUAUAUUGUCAACUCAAUAGGGUGCGUUCCUUCUAAUCAUGGCUUUCCAAUCUUAGAAUCAUUGUUUCUUGUUAAUCUAAGUAAUAUGGAGAAGAUAUGUUGCGGCCUAGUCGGUGCAAAGUCUUUCAGCAAAUUAAGAAUCUUAAAAGUAAAAAAUUGUAAUAGGUUAAGGUAUCUUUUCUCUUCCUCCAUGGCUGGAAACAUCUCACAGAUACAAAAAAUCAAAGUAACUUAUUGCGAGAAGUUAAAGGAGAUUUUUGGUAAAGAAAGCGAAGACCAUGUCGAUGAAAACGAAAGGAACAGUGAGAUUGAGUUUACGCAAUUGCAUUCCCUAGUACUACAAUGCUUGCCGCAGUUCAUAAGUUUUGGCUUGAAGGUUGUGUUGCCAAGAUUGGAGAACUUGAAAAUAUCCUCAAUUAAUAUUGAGAACAUAUGGGUUGAUCAACCUCAACCAAUGUCUUCCUAUAUGCAAUGCUUAAAAAGCUUAUAUGUGGGGGAGUGUAAUAGUUUGAAGUAUAUCUUUUUAUCCUCUAUGGUCAAAUGUCUUGUGCAACUUCAAAAGCUUGUGAUAUGCUACUGUAAGUCGAUGGAAGCAUUAAUAUUUGACUCAGAAGGGUUAGAAGGAGAAGAUAAGAUAAUUGAGAUGAGUUUUCCAAAACUAUUCCACCUAAAGCUUGCAAGUCUUCCAAAACUCACAAGAUUUGGCACCAGAAAUUCAAUUGAAUUCCCCACCUUGAAUGAACUUCACAUUGAGAGUUGCUCUAAUUUGAAGAUAAUUGAUAUGAGUUUUCCAAAUCUUGAAACAUUGGAAAUAAGAAGUUGUGAUUCACUGAAAGAAGUGUUCAAUAUGGAACGACAGCUAAAUGCUGAUAGACAUACAUUGAAGAAAAGUCAUCAAGAAGUUGUGGACUUCAACAACUUGAAAUCCUUUGAAGUUCACAAUUGUUGUAGCUUGAGACAUAUAUUUACUCCAUCUAUCAUUUUGGGUCUUGCUCAACUGAAAUAGAUAAAAGUAACAAACUGUGCUUCGAUAGAAGAAAUUAUCUCGAAAGAAGAAGAAAAGGAAGCAGACAUUGAGAAAAUUAUGGUACCCCAAUUGAACUCCAUUAUUCUUGAGUCGUUGCCUAACUUGACAAGCUUCUAUUCAGAAAUGAAUACUUUGGAAUGUCCUGCCUUGAAAGCUAUUACAGUGGCCAAGUGUCCACAGAUUGAGACAUUUGUUUUUGCUGAUAUAAAGCACCAAUCUGACCAUAUUGUGCCCCUUCUUAGUGAAAAGAUUCCUUUGGCAAACUAAAAGAAGUGACAAUUGAAUUUUGUGAAAAAUUAAUGACUAUUGUUCCAGCUAAUAAUAGUCAAGGACUUCUUACCUUUCACAAUCUAGAAUCAUUACAUGUUGAGAAGUGUUGGAGUUUGAAAAGUCUAUUUCCAGUUUCCACAGCUACUGGUCUAGUGAAACUUAAAAAGUUGAGUAUAUAUUCUUGUGAGUUGGAGGAAAUUGUUGCUAAUGAAGAAGUAGAAGGGGCCCCUUCCCUUGAUUUGUCUGGAAAGGUCAUGCCCAAUUUGGAAUCAUUGUAUUUAAAUGUCGAUGCCUUUAGACUGCAAACUAAAAGACCAUUGGAGGGAUUCUGCAGACUAAAAGAACUUCAGCUGGGUGAAUUAAAUGAUGAAUCAAUUCCCUUUUUCUAUGGCUUCCUCAAAAGGUUAUACAGUUUGGAAAUCCUUGCUCUAUGUGAUAGUAGGUCCAAAAAGCUAUGCCUACAUGAAAGAGACGCAACAAAAGAAGAUUCUCAAGUGCAUCCAUUUCUUCCGCAUCUUAGAGACUUGAGAAUAUGGAGAUGUCAUGAUUUGACACAUUUAUGGACGUCCUCAGUAUCUUUUACAAAUCUUACAACUCUAGAUGUAUGGGAUUGCAAUGGAUUGGUAAACAUACUUACAUGCUCAACUGUCAAAUCUCUUUUCCAACUUACAAAAAUGACAAUAAAUAAAUGCGAGUUAUUGAGAGAAGUAAUAGUGGGUGAAUUUGACGAGAUAGAAGAAGGGAUUGUUUUUUGCCAAUUGAAAACUUUGCAGCUUCUUGAUUUAUCAAGCCUCGCAUGCUUUUGCUCAACAACUUGUGCCUUCAAAUUCCCAUGCUUGGAACAAGUAACUGUGAGUGAAUGUCCAAAAUUGAAGAUCUUUACUCAAGGAAGUUUAAGCACACCAAAUUUAAACAAGGUGCAAAGAGAACAAAUGCCUAAGAAAUAUGUUUGGAAGGAUGAUCUGAAUUCCACCAUCCAACAAAUAUUUAGAGAGAUGUCACAAGAAGCCAGCUCAAGCGGCACUGGUCUUUCUAGCUAACGAUGUCACAAGCCACAGAACCACCUUCACCGGCGUCACUGAUUCUAGCACUCUCCGUCACAAGCGGCAGAAUCGAUCAUCAAUUUCAUUUUAUUUAUAACAAAAGGAGGCAGAUCUAGUUGUAUAGAAUAAGGCUUUGAAUGGGGAUAAAUAGCAGCCAUCACAGGAUGAUGAUAAUCAACAAAGGAACAAGAUCCAAAUGGGAGUGGGAGGCAACAAGACAGCUAUGGUUGUGUUGGGGUUCCAGCAGGAAGGCUAUCCCCAGGGAGGGCUAACCAUUCUAGUGCUGCUCAGGAUGGCUUCAACAAGCUUCAUGAUUUGGAGAGUUCACUUGCUUCAUUUCCUGUCAAACCAUUUGCAAGCACUUAAAUAGUUUUGAUAUUGCUGAGGAUGAUGAGGGUACAACUAGUCCUAGUUAGAAGGUUACUGCUCAAUUAAAUCUUGAGCAACAGUUUCUUACAAAGACUUAGCAGGGGCCUUGGACCAAGAAACUGGAAGGAGUGAUGGUGAGAAUUCAGGGAAAACUAUCUCUCCAUGUCAUGCCAUUUCUGAGGAUAAAAGGUUUUUGAGUGGUUCACUAAUGCUCAUUAAUGCUCAUUAAUGCUUUUUCUCUUAAGAAAGUUACAUGUGAAGGGUACAGCCAAAAAAAUAAUCCAAGUGGAACUAUAGUGGCCCAUUGUUAUAUUGCCGGAGGAGAAAGGCAAAUAAUUUUCAGCAGAGGAUACAUCAGGAGCAAUGGUCCAACACAAGGGACAUGUUAAAGUUCCUUAAGCCGAUCUGAGCCCCGAGGUCCAUCAAGGAUGAUGCUUCAUUUGCUGCCUAGGGGCUUUAUUGAUGCAAACAAGAGUGCCUAAGAAGAAUAAGUGCCUGCAAUUCCAGCCUUGAAUAUUCAGGAUGAUGAUAUACAGCAAAUGGACAAGAUCCAAAUGGAAGCGGAAGGCAAAGAGACAGCUAAGAUUGUUUUGGGUUUGGGGUUCCAGCAGGAAGUCUAUCCCCACAGAGGUCUAACCAUUCAAGUGUCUCCAAGUCAGGAGGAUGGCUUCAACAAUCUUCAUGAUUUGGAGAGUUCAUUUGCUUCAUUUCCUAUCAAAUCAUUGCAAGCACUUAACCAAAAAAUACUCCGAGGGGAACUAUAAUGGCUCAUUCUUGUAUCACAACAGGACAGAUGCAAGUAACUUUCAGCAGAGGAUACAUCAGGAGCAGUGUCCAACACAAGGGACGCUUUAAAGUUACUUAAGCAGAUCUGAGCCCCAAGGUAUUUUUGCAUUAGCGGGAGUUGAUUUUGAAGUGAUCUUUUAAGUGUCAUGUUGCUUCCUAAAGAAAUUCAAGGUUUUGGGUUGGCUCCAUCAAGCAUGAUGCUUCAUGUGCUGCUUUGGGGCUUUAUUGAUUGUGAGAACAUAUGCUUCCAUUGUAAACCAUCACAUAGAGCUUGGUAAUCUCAUCGUAGAGAAAUCUCUGUUGUCCUUUGAGUGUGGUCUUCAGAGGAGAUUGCUAGUCACCUUUGAUAUGGUAUCCAUUAGAUUUUAUUUGCUGAGGACACGCUUGUACUCUAUCGACUCAUGACUUUCCCUUGGACUAUCAUGGCCAUGACAUAUCUAAGUAACUUGAUUGUGCUCCUAGAGUUACACUCUACUCGUAUAGUAAUACUCUCCUCCAUGAGCAAGAGUUACCUUUGCUCAUAGGUUACUUUACUCUAGAGCAUUUUACUGCAAUCUCCAGACAAUGUCCUAAUAAAUUGGGGCAUAAGCAAAGUAACAAUUGGUAGCUGUUCUUCUAAUCUGAAAUAGAUCACGAUUUGAAUGAUGAAUUCCUGGAGUUAUUUUGCAGAGUUGGACUUUAAAAGUUAUUUUGUUGCAAUAUAUUGAAGGUUUCUGCUGUUGCUUUCAGAAACUUUUUGAGUGGUUAUCGAAAAUUUCAAAUGUUGAGAUUUUGGCUGCUGCAGAGUCAUGGGAAUGUUGUGAAAUUCUGUUGAAGCCUUUCAAAGGUUAUGAUUCACAAACCUAUUCGCAAACCUAUUAGCAUUGUUUGUAGUUUUGUGCAGAAGAUGAGCUAAUAUUUCAUGUUACUGAUGUUGCUCAUAAUAUUUUGUUCUUUGAAAGUCUUGUUUCUUUUGUGCCUUUUUCUGCAGCGAAUUUUUCAUUUACUACGUUAGAAUUUUUAACUGUUUUCCAUUCUAACAAUCGCCUAAAUUCUUUAGCCACUGAGCAGCUAUCAUAGUAUUCUUAUAAUCCGGUAGGUUGUGUUUGGUGGAUUGUUGCUCUACUUCUCCCGUACAGAAUUGUCAUAUGAGGCCACAACAGGAUUUCCAUAGCUUCACCACCCUUAAAGAGCUAUAAAUGGCAGAGCUUCCAAAUCUUAUUUCUCUUUCAGAUGGUUUUCUCUCCAUCCUCAACAAAGAUGAAAGUAGCAAAUGUAAUGCCUGACAUCCUUACAUGAGGUGUUGAAACACAAAAUUUCACGCAAUCAGUACUUAAUCUGAUGUUCAUUGUCAAAGGCGAAUUUCCUUCAUCUCUAAGACCCUCUUGGUAGAAAAGUGUUAAAAUUUUAUGCGUAUUUGGGAUAAGAGGAGAAUGAAGCUGCCUGCCUCUUUAAUUAAAUCAAUAAUUUUUAGAUUUCAGAACCUGAAACAUCUAUCUCAUUAGGGUUUAUCAAAAUCUCACCUCUCUUGAAGAGUUGUCUAUAUUACUAUUAUGUUUAUAUUGCAAUUGUAAGUUAUUAAUCAUCCCUAAACUUCUUGUGAAAACACAGGCUAAUGACAAAGCCCGCCUCAU